AUGCAAUGUGAUAAAAUACCAGAAGAUGAAAGACAAACAAUGUUUGAGAAGUUUUGGAAAAUGAGUUGGAAGGAAAAGAAGGUGUUUGUUAAAAUGUCUUCGAUUUCUAAGAAAAAAGAAAGAGAGAGGUGUGCUGGUACAUCAUCUAGGCGGAAAAACUCUGUAGAGUUAUAUUUAACUGAUAGCACGGGGAUUCGAUUUCGGGUCUGCAAAACCAUGUUCCUUAACAGUUUAGGUGUUGGGGAAUGGGUGAUAAAGAAGUGGAUUAUUAAUGAAGAUGAUCCCAAAGAUGCACCGAAAAAUAAUACCAAAGUGGAAGCUAAAAACCAGUUACGCAAGUUUUUUGAUUCUAUGCCAAAACUUGAAUCACACUACUGCCGAAAAGACUCGUCAAAGUUGUAUCUUGAACCAAUCUGGACAUCAAAAUCUCAGCUCUAUGAAACUUACAGAAAAGACUUCUGUGUCAGAGAGAACCUUGAGCCAUUAAGCAUUACCACUUUUUUCAACAUGUUUGAAACACUCAAUUUGUCUUUAUUUAGCCCAAAAAAGUACUUGUGUGAUAUUUGUGAGUUUUACAAAGCUGGUAAUGUUUCAGAUAUUGACUAUAAAACUCAUCGUGAUAAGAAAGACGAGGCUCGAAAAGAACUCGCUAAGGACAUUUCCAUGGAACACGAAGUCCUUACCAUGGAUUUACAAUCGGUGCUUUUAAGCCCACGUUCGAAUGUUUCGGCACUCUACUAUAAGACCAAACUCAUUGUGCAUAAUUUCACACUUUACGAUUGUAAAAGAAAUUUGGGUUACUGUUAUAUUUGGAACGAAUGCGAAGGAAAACUGACGAGCAAUGAAUUUUCGACUAUAAUCGUGACAGCUUUCGAAAAGUUCAGGACACAAAACACAACGCAACAUAACAAGGAAAUAAUUAUCUACAGUGACGGUUGUACCUACCAGAACCGAAAUGUGGUACUAUCGAAUGCUCUACUGAAUUACAGCAUGGAAAAGAAAGUAACCAUCAAACAGAAGUACCUCGAAAAAGGGCAUACGCAAAUGGAGUGCGAUAGUAUGCACUCGGUCAUAGAAAGAGCGUUAAAAAAUAAAAAGAUAAAUAUUCCGGCCGACUAUGUUUACAUAGCCAAAACUGCUUGCAAGAAAAAUCCCUAUGACGUACAGUAUCUCUAUCACCACUUCUUUAAAGAUGUUGAACAUACUUUGAAGUUCUACAAAUCAAUCAGACCUGGAAAAAGAAUAGGGCUCCCAACAAGAACUAAAACAAUCAGUUUCAUUCCGUGGGAUACUGUUCCUCAGCUUUAUUCGGCAAGGCUGAAGAUUAAAAAAGAGAAGUAUCAGGAUCUUCAGAACCUCAAGCAUACCAUGGAGAAAGAUUAUCAUAACUUUUAUGAUAACCUACCACAUACCUAA